AUGGGGUUCAAGAACAUUUACUCGGAAUCAACAGUCGCCAAAUACGUUCGUACCAUCCGGGCGACGCCUCGAGAGCUGAUUUGCAACUCCCGGCUUCUCCUUUCUGUGGCCCUCUAUGCUUGUUCUGGAAUUCCCCUGACUUGGGAUCAAGGAUCAUCGUCGGUCGUGUCAGAAUUACCAGGAUUUCAGCAGCAGUUCAAAAUCAGCUCUGGUACAAAUGCAAACGCAAUAUCACACUUCGUCUCCCUUGUGUACAUUGGGUGCGGCGUGGGUGCAGGGCUCUCUUUCUUCGUCAAUGACCGUGUUGGUCGACUCUGGUCACUACGCAUCUAUAUGCUCAUUUGGAUUGCCGGACAGUUGGUAGCCACUUUUGCUCCAAACAUUGGCACACUAUAUGCCGCUCGAAUCAUCAGUGGGUUGGGAAUUGGACCUCUCACCGUAACAGGAACCAAUUCUAUUGUCGAGAUUGCGCCUACCGAGAUCCGUGGACUUCUCGCAACAUGGUUUAGUGUGGCUAUGCUUCUCUCUCUAUGGGUCGCGGUGUUUUGCGUCUAUGGUGUGUACCAAACUAUAGAAGUGAGUCGCCUGCAAUAUCAGGCUGUCUGGUUCUCGCCCUGUAUCUUCAUGCUUCUCUGCAUCAUCGCUAGUUUCUUUCUGUCCGAAUCACCCCGCUGGCUAUUUCUCGUCAACAGACAGGAAGAGGCUGUCGAAACUCUGGUCCGAUUACGUGGACUGCCAAUUUCACACCCGCGAGUACAGAUAGAGCUUCAGGAGAUUGAAGAGAGUAUUUCAAAAGAACGAGGCGCGGAGGGCGGUUUGCCUGGAGUACUUGAAAUUGCGCGCGAGACCUUUCUCGUCCCAGCAAAUUUACGUCGUCUGACGCAAGCACUCAUGGCAUUUGCCCUUGCUCAACUAUCCGGCGCAAAUUCAAUCAGUUCUUAUUUCGUACCCAUCCUGGCUCUUGUCGGCGCUAGCGAUGAUACCGCGCACAGUAUCUUUCUAAGUGGAAUGUACAGUCUGGCAAAAUUUUUCUUCACGCUCAUUGCUUCAUUUUUCAUUAUUGAUGCUAUGGGACGUCGGAAGUCAGCAUUCAUCGGAAUCACAAUUCAAGUCAUUACUGAUCUAUACAUUGGUAUUUUCAUCAAGUAUCGUCAACAAGGUCCCGUCUCUGCCAGCUCCGCCCAAGGCGCUAUCGUCGCCAUUUUUUUUCACGGUUUCGGAUAUGCCAUUGGUCUGCUGAUUCUUCCUUAUAUCUUCGGCGGCGAGCUAUGGCCAAACCGAAUUCGAUCAUUUGGCAGCGCAUUUUGUCAAAUGUUCCAUUGGCUUUUUUUCUACGGCAUCAAUGCCGGAACUCCCUCAUUGCUGGAUGACACAAAUAACUGGGGCGCUUUCAUAUUUUUUGCUGCAUUCAAUUGUAUUGCAAUUGCUUAUGUGUUCUUUAUGGUUCCUGAGAUUGCUGGCCUGGGCGUUGAAGAGAUGGACAGUUUGUUCCGCGGGCCAUGGUUCAAGGCCUACAAGCGCACCCGCAGCCCAAAUUUAUUGGUGGGAGUUGAGACACCUACCGGAUCGCUGUCUGCUGAGCGUGUCAUAGACCCCAAUACUGAAAAGGGCAGCACAUUUGUAAAGACAGAUGAGAGUCAGGUUUGA